CAGCCGCCGGCCGCAGCAUGGAGGCGCCCCCCGUUACCAUGAUGCCCGUGACGGGCGGCACCAUCAACAUGAUGGAGUACCUGCUGCAGGGCAGUGUCCUGGACCAGAGCCUGGAGAGCCUGCUGCACCGCCUGCGCGGCUUGUGCGACAACAUGGAGCCCGAGACCUUCCUGGACCACGAGAUGGUGUUCCUGCUGAAGGGGCAGCAGGCCAGCCCCUUCGUGCUGCGGGCACGGCGCUCCAUCGACAAGAGCGGCAUGCCCUGGCACCUGCGCUACCUGGGCCAGCCGGAGAUCGGGGACAAGAACCGGCACGCGCUGGUGCGCAACUGCGUGGACAUCGCCACGUCGGACAACCUGACGGACUUCCUGGUGGAGAUGGGCUUCCGCAUGGACCACGAGUUCGUGGCCAAGGGGCACGUCUUCCGCAAGGGCAUCAUGAAGAUCGUGGUCUACAAGAUCUUCCGCAUCUUGAUGCCAGGCAACACGGAUAACAUUGAGCCGCUCUCCCUCUCCUACCUUGUGGAGCUUAACGUGGUGGCUCCAGCUGGACAGGAUGUGGUCUCUGAUGACAUGAGGAACUUUGCAGAGCAGCUAAAGCCUUUGGUGCAUCUGGAGAAAAUUGACCCUAAAAGGUUAAUGUGAUUGAAAAGCUGGGGAGCUAAGCAUUACUUUCGCCAGGGACCUUCAGGGUUGUUUUUAUAAAAUACCUUUUGAGGGUAAAUCAAAACAUGGAGAGGGGAGUAAGGGACUACAUAGCAAUGUUUUGCUAGUUGCAGGUACUAAGUAUUUUUUCACACGUUUGCGGAUUGUGAAAAAAAGGAUGUGAUUUACCUGCUCUAGUGAACCUGCUUUGGCAGGGGUCUGAAACCGAUGCUCUCUGAGGGUCCCUUCCAACCCCUCCAAUUCUCUGAUUUUGUGAUUCUUUGAAUAAAAUGAGACACUUCUAGAAAAACAA